AUGAGUUCCGGUAAGGAAAUUGCUGAAAGCAACCCGCUGAAUCCUCCCCCGCUGCAAGCCUCUUCCGCCGCAAAUAGGGAAACGGUGACUUUAAAUAUAACAAACAAGGAGAUACGUGAUUUCAAUUAUAGAGAGCUUUCCGUUGCUACAAGCAAAUUUAAAAUUAGUAAAUAUUUGGGUGCCGGUGGUUUCGGCAAUGUUUACCGUGCAAGCUUGGAUUCAAUAAAACAGGAUGUAGCUAUAAAGAAACUUGACCUAAAGGGUAAUCAAGGAAUUGCAGAAUUUGUUGCCGAAGUAGAGAUAUUGAGUAAUAUAAGGCAUGAAAGUAUUAUCCAAUUGAUUGGCUACAGUAAUGAUCGUGAUGGCCAACUUAUAGUUUACGAGCUCGCGACUUUGGGAUGUUUGGAAAGUUUUUUAUUUGAGAGUCCCUCGGGUAAACUACCUAAAGUUCUUGAUUGGAAUGUAAGAUUGAAGAUAGCAACUGAAACUGCAGAAGCUGUGCAGUAUUUACAUGAACAAGCAAACCCACCUAUAAUCCAUCGUGACUUAAAGUGCUCGAAUAUAUUGUUAGGGGAUGGAUACAAAGUAAAACUAUCAGAUUUUGGUUUAGCUAUUUUAGGUCCAAAUGGGGACAAGACUUUUGUUCAAACAGCCCCUCUUGGAACAGAAGGGUAUUGUGAAGACCUGACAAUAAGAAAUAUUUGCCGGAAUGGGCAAAACCAUCAUUCAAUGAUAUGA